GCCUCCUUUCGGAAAAUGGGGUCUUUUAAAAAACUAAAGUCCUCAGUUCUUCAGGGAAUUCAGAACCGAGAAGCAGCCGAUGCCUCAAAGGAAGAGGCCUCAGAAGAUGACCCGGGAAAACCCCUCCCCAACGGCGCCGUCACCGGAAUCCAAGCAAACAAGCCCUCUUGCGCGGGGCGCUUGGGGGUCCCCCACGAGGCCGGGGCUGGUGCGGCCUCAGACUGCUCCGACCUGGAGGAGGCGGACGACGCCUUCCAGAGGAGCACACACCGGUCUCGCAGCAUCCGGAGAGCCUACGGCCUGGGCCGGAUCAGCUUACUCGAUUACGACAGACAUCAUGGCUCUCAGACCCACGGCCGGCCCCUGUCUCCACUCACCCAGGAGCCCAAGAUCUGUGAGAUUCUCGUGAAAGACUCUGAAAACAACCGCAUCAUCUACAGGAGAAGCAAGAGCACGGACAACUUGAACUUCCUGAAGAAAAGUUCCUUCAAACGGAAGUCCACCUCCAAUCUCACGGAUCUCAAAGUGGUUCACGAAAAACAGGCCCCCCAGAGGACGUUGAGCAGUUCCUCUGCUGACUCUGAGAAGUUCAGUGGGUCAGAGAGAAGGACAAAACGCUGGAAAAGCCCCAUCAGGGCCAAGGACUUUGAUAGAGUCUUAAAACUUGUCAGCAAUGUCACAGAUGCCGCAUGGAAAAGGGAGAGUCCCAAGAAUGGGGCUCCCUCACCCAGCGACUCAAACCAAAGGCUGCGACUCAAGAGCAGGCUGCAUGAUGACUACUCCCGCCGGGUGUCCACCAGCACCGAGCUGGAUAGAAGGCGGUGUGCACCCUCUGUGCAGGGCGUGGAUGCAGCCUUCACAGCAGCCCCUGAUCCCAGUCCAGCCACUUCUCAGGGUCCCCACAUGGAUGUAGAGACGGCCGUGUGUCCUCUUGAAUCCAGAAACUCCCAGGCAUCACAAAGUGCCGGUGCUUGCCCUGGCAGCUCCUCACCAAGCCGGACUACCAAGGACAUGCUCAGCAGAGACGCUGGUGAACCAGAGCCUCCCGGCCAGCUUACGUUUGAAUCUGAGCAGCUUCUCACUCCUCUACGGCCCACCACCCCCAAGCCCCAGAGCCCCCAGAGCCCGGUUGCAGGAAAUGCCAAGUGCAGCGCUAAUUUUGUUUGUCCAAAUCAUCACAGUGCCCUGUCCCUGAGUUCAGUGGAGAGUGAAGAGAGGGCAGAGGGUCCUGCUCAGAAGGAGCAGGGUUCUGGGUCCUUCCCGGAUGAGGUGCAGACCCCAUGUAGUGAUGAAGGCAAUGAAGACAGUGGCAUCAGCAGCUACUCUCAGCUGAGCCUCAGCGGGGCAGCUGGGCCAGAAGAAAAGAAGGAAGAGGUGAUUACUGAUGAGCACUGGCGGAGAGCCUCAGCACAGGAUGAAGAAAGGGCAGAGGCACAGAGGAUCCCGAGGAGGAGAUGGGGUUCUGGGAAAAGGUCACGACCCAGACCCCUCUCGGACUAUGGCCAGUCAGCAAGCCGAAGUCUGUCUAUCCCUGAAGACUCCGUUGCUGUGGACACCCAGAAAAUGGACUUUGUGGACGGUGAACACCAGCCGGGCAUGGUGCCCACUGAUGCUGCUCCCAUGGACUGCCCUAAAGGAAGCCGGAGAAGAAGGCCUAUUUCCGUGAUAGGUGGCGUCAGCUUCUAUGGGAACAACCCGGCAGAGGAGAUAGAGACUCUUCUAACUCAACCUGCCACCAGGCCUCCGGUGCCAGCUCACCAGGUGCCACCAUACAAAGCUGUUUCGGCCCGGUUCCGUCCGUUAACGUUUUCCCAGAGCACCCCCAUCGGGCUGGAUCGAGUGGGACGCCGGCGCCAGAUGAGAGCAUCCAACAUUUCUGCAGAUGGAGGUACUGAGUCUUCUGCCUUAGUCGAUGACAACGGGAGUGAGGAGGACUACAGCUAUGAGGAACUCUGCCAGGCCAACCCUCGCUACUUACAGCCUGGUGGGGAGCAGCUAGCCAUCAACGAGCUCAUCAGCGAUGGCAAUGUGGUCUGCGCAGAAGCCCUGUGGGACCAUGUGACCAUGGAUGAUCAGGAGCUGGGCUUCAAGGCCGGGGAUGUCAUCCAGGUCCUAGAGGCCUCCAAUAAGGACUGGUGGUGGGGCCGGAAUGAAGACAAGGAAGCCUGGUUCCCUGCAAGCUUUGUCAGGUUGCGAGUCAAUCAGGAAGAGCUGCCGGAGAAUUCCACCAGCACCCAGGGUGAGGAGCAGGAUGAGGGUGCUGGCCACACCCGCCUCAAACACGCAGAAAACAAGCACCAGAUGAGGACGAACGUGAUCCGGGAGAUCAUGAACACAGAGCGGGUGUACAUCAAGCAUCUCAAGGACAUCUGUGAGGGCUAUAUUCGACAGUGUCGCAAGCACACAGGAAUGUUCACUGUUGCACAACUAGCCACCAUUUUUGGAAACAUUGAAGAUAUUUACAAGUUCCAAAGAAAGUUCCUGAAAGACCUUGAGAAACAGUACAAUAAAGAGGAACCUCACUUAAGUGAAAUAGGGUCCUGCUUUCUUCAACAUCAAGAGGGCUUUGCCAUCUACUCUGAGUACUGUAACAACCACCCCGGCGCCUGCCUGGAGCUUGCCAACCUCAUGAAGCAGGGCAAGUACCGGCACUUCUUCGAGGCCUGCCGCCUGCUCCAGCAGAUGAUCGACAUUGCCAUCGAUGGCUUCCUGCUGACGCCUGUGCAGAAGAUCUGCAAGUACCCCCUGCAGCUGGCUGAGCUGCUCAAGUACACCACGCAGGAGCACAGUGAUUACAACAAUAUCAAGGCAGCCUACGAGGCCAUGAAGAAUGUCGCCUGUUUGAUCAACGAGCGGAAGCGGAAGCUUGAGAGCAUAGACAAGAUUGCCCGGUGGCAGGUGUCCAUUGUGGGCUGGGAGGGACUGGACAUCUUGGACCGGAGUUCAGAAUUGAUCCAUUCUGGAGAGCUGACCAAAAUCACGAAGCAGGGCAAGAGCCAGCAGCGGACUUUCUUCCUGUUUGACCACCAGUUGGUGUCCUGCAAGAAGGACCUGCUGCGCAGGGAUAUGCUCUACUACAAAGGCCGGAUGGACAUGGACACCAUGGCGCUCGUGGACCUGCCGGACGGGCGGGACCGUGACUUCAACCUCAGUGUGAAGAACGCCUUCAAGCUCGUCAGCCAGGACAUGGACGAGGUCCACCUGUUUUGUGCCAAAAAGCAUGAGGACAAAGUGCGGUGGCUGCAGGCGUGUGCGGAUGAGAGGCGAAGGGUGCAGGAAGACCAGGAGAUGGGAAUGGAAAUUUCAGAAAAUCAAAAGAAACUCGCCAUGUUAAAUGCUCAAAGGGCAGGACAUGGAAAGUCAAAAGGCUAUAGUGGGCGCCCUGUGCCGCCGCCCCACCAGAGCUUCCUCCCCAUCCACCAGCGCCACAUCACCGUGCCCACCAGCCUUCCGCAGCAGCAGGUCUUCGCCCUGGCUGAGCCCAAGCGGAAGCCUUCACUUUUCUGGCACACCUUUAACAAGCUCACCCCUUUCAAGAAAUGAAGGCGGGAUGGCUGCGCCUCCACGGAGCUGACUGUGAAGAGGAGAGCCAUUGUCGUCUUUGCCGUGCUAAAUCCAAGGAGCGCCUCUUGGGCCCAGUGCCAGAAACUUCUUUUUGGGGAAUCAAAGAAGGAGAGGAAGAUUCUGACUCGCCUUCAGUCGCCAGAACCCCAGCUGCCUUCUUGGAAGGGAGGAAAAGGUCAUGGUGCACAGCUUUCACACUCACGAGAACCCUCCGUGGCCUGCUGUGACACGGCGGGGACUUGGGGACCAGAACACGCUCUGAAGUGGGUGCCGAGUUGGCCGGCUGCAGUGGUGUGGCUGAUGGUGAGCGCAUCCAUUUCUGACCCAGGCCAGGCUGCAGCUCUAGAGCACUCAGAGCUGCCCCUCAGUUCCUGAGGAGUGUAAUGAGAGGGUCUCAUGUGCAUGUGGUUCUGUAGGGAUCCAUCGGGAUGGGGCUGGUCCGAUGCUGCCUCUUGCCAGCACACAUUUGGGGAGACCUGGAAGGAGAGCUGUUACUCUCUGCCAUGGUAUAGUAGGGGCCUUAUGGCUGCUUGGAGAUGGCCGCAGUGUUCCCUGGGGUCGUCUAAAUCCACAUAGUUGCCAAGUGGUAAUGCAUACUUCAUCUUACAAGGUUCCUCUUCCUACAGGCUAGGAAAAGCAAAAACAUGAUUUAUUCAUCACUUGGCAGCAAGAUCUGCAGUGCAGAAUGACUUUAGCAUUCCAAAGGUACUGUUCUUUGCAAGGGAGGGGUGAAGCUGUGCUUCUCAUUCAGGUACUCUCCUGCUGGUGUGUAUUAUGUAGUCCUACAAGCAGAAAUCAUGUCUUGUCGUCGCCUAAGAGACUACCAUUCAAAAAUACCUGUUGCAAUAGAAAAACCCAUUUAUUUUGAUUUUUAUGAUAAAUUGAAUAUGAAAAUACACAAGACUGUAAAGCCUGCUUGAAGAGCAUUGGCACACUUCUUCCGUCAGUUGUUUAUACCAUUUCACAAAUGAAAGUACAAAAACACUUAAACAUUCCACUGAGGAAGCAUGAACGAAGCCACAGAUCCUGCCCUGGGAUUUGGAACUGACUUUGUUGCAUAAACCCAAACUAGUAGUGCACACCUGUGCCAUUAUUUGCAUGUCAACAGAUGAAAAGAGACCAUAACAAAGUAUCGAGACUCAGAGAUGGCAGUCUUUUUUAACAGAGGCCACACUGGCUGAUACCUGUAAUCUCCUCCUCUUUGUCUAUAUUGUAAAUUUUGAUGAAAAUAUUUUUUUUUUUUUUUGAAUACCUGGAGAAGACAGGCUCUACAAGAUAGAUGGCGUUGUAAUUGACUCGGUGCACUGGACAGGAGGGAAGACAAAAUUUAUGGAUUUCUAUUUGAGAAGUUCUCUUUUGUACGCUACAAAAAGUAACUGUAUGCUUGGAAAGUUCCUUUUUCUAGUAGGUACAUGCUUGAGAAUAAACACAUGUAUAAUGGCAAAGACAAAUGUGUAAUCUAAGUCUCCAGCGUGUGGCUCCUCUGUUCUCCCUCUCCCCCCUUAUUGGAGCAAUUCUUGAAGGGAGGUGACCAGUGUGCAUAAGAAGACAUAAUCCCAGACCCCUGUGGUGGGCCUUUAGAGCAUUAUGUAACAGUUGUUCAUGAAGUCUUAUUUGCUGACCAUCCUCUUAGGCUACUUUUGCUUGCUUAUUUAAAUAGGCAGCAUCACUGAGAAGUUGUGACCUCUAUGACUAACAAAGCCGUGUGUCCUGAGUUAGAAGUUGCUAGAAUUCUGUGUGAAAGAUUCCCAGGAGGUGCUGUGGCUGUGUGUGUGUCUGUGUGUGUCUUUUUUUGAAUAGACGUGUCAAUUUGAGUUGCAUUUAUAUAAUGCAACUUUUCAUUAAUAAAGUACAGUGAACAUGACAGGGCUGCCUUGUUUUUCUGUGUCUCACAAGUUUUCUGUCUUUGACAGGGUGCGGUCUUACCACUUUUCUAUUGCUCGUUUUAGUGGAAAAUAUUUGAGUUUUCCUUCUCUGACAGGCUUACACAAGUUCCGGCUUUCGCAGGUUUUAUUAUGUAAUGAUAUGUUUUGAGAACUGUACCUAAUAUGAUGUUUCUGGAUGACUCAGCAGGGGCUCUGUGCUAAAUAGAGUUGUUUUUGUGUACAGCAGUUUUGCAAUUUUGUUUGUUUUUAUGUUACAUAAGAGAAUUGCUUUAAGGAAGUAAAGAAUCAUUGGCUUAUGUUACGUUUUCAUUGAGGACUCAAUUAAUGUGAAGAACCACUCAAAGGGCUUCUUUUUACUAAUAUACAGGUUGAUGGUGAAGAAAUGCUUUCAGUUUUGUGACCAUUCCUAAUUUAUUUCCCAUCUGAGCCCUAACUUCUGAUUCCCACCUCUAUCUCCCCGGGCUUCCUAAUGGAGAAGCACCAGGACAUGUUCUUACUACGUCCUGGGGUUGCCCCAGUAGGUGUUGUACAGUUUGAAAGUCACUCAAUCAAAUAUUUGUUCUGAGUAGAUCCUACUUAGGCUUCUAGGAUGUAGGUAGGAUCCUUGGCAUCCUUUAGGAUGCUAAAAUCUUUUUAUAAGAAGAAAAUAUCCUUUGGCCUCUUUACGCCUGUAUGUCUAGCUUGCGUUUUAUUUCCGAAUGCCUGAGUGCUACAAAGAAUAAAAGGCUCAAGUAUUCAGAUUUCAGGUUUGCCAAACUCCCUUCUUGAAAGUCAUGUGUUUCACUUGGACAGAAAAAGCGAGAAAAAACAAAGAGCCUCUUAUGUGGAUUAUGUACUUCGUUGUAAAAUCUCUCUCUGUUUGUCUUCAUUUUUCUCUGUCUUUAACCCUACAUUAUAUAAUAUUGCAGAGGGAGAAAGAUGACAUAACAUUUUGAUGAAUUUCAGCUAUUCUUCCAUUCAUUCAUGUUUCAGAAUUUGCAAACUCUGUUGAAAAAAUGGUUAAAAUGGCCUUUGGUCAAAAGCAAGCUUCUAAAUUUUGACCAUACUUAAAAUAUAUGACAACCCUGCAGAAGAUUGUAAGCAAUUAUAAAAUAUUUGUAAAAUCCUGGAAAAACAGCAAUCUUUGUCUUUGGCCUGCAAAGUAGAAACAGGAUCGCAGCAAUUUGCCCUGACUUUCCUAGAGUACUGUCGAGAGAGCUGGAUCGAGAGAGUUGGUUCCAGUAGAUCUGACCUCGCCCCCGCCCCCUCCCCCGGGUAGAUACCAUUGUGUAGUUGAAAAUGUGUCACCCCAUCUCCAUAGUAUUUCUGUGUUUUGUUGUGCCUUUUCAUUCCUAAUUCAGACAAAAACUGACUCCAGGCCUGUUAAGGAAAUCCUUCAUUGCUAUUGUCUACAGACAAAGCAAAAGUGCAUUUAAUUUCAAAUUGUGUUCACAAUAGAAAUUGUUUGUAGAAGCCAUGUGAUCAGCAUUUUACCAGCUGGAAAUUUCUACAUGCCCGUACUGCUGCUAAUCCUUAAUACAAAUUAAUAACCUAGCCAGACUAGAACAGCCUGGUUACCUGGAGUUAGAGGGAGCAGAAUGGCCAUAUUAUUUUGUAGAGGAGGAGGAGAAACAUAGAUGUGUCCCUCCCAGGAUAGUGCCAACGAGUAUGAGUAAGUGGCCUUCGAUGACUUACGGCCCAGUGAUGCUGGAACACAAAUCAACUUCUGGAUGAACUGCUAGGAAACAAGGUUGUCCCUGGAAUGAGCUUAACCUACAAAUAACUCUCUAUUAAAACUUCUCUUGGCAAAUGCUAUUGUUUACAGGAUGCAAAAGGCGGAGUUCAAAAACCUUUGGAAAAAAUAUGUGGAAACCAGCUGGUAUUUAAAAAACAAAAACUGACACAAAUUUACUUCACUUCACCACUCACUUUUCAUUCUUGCCUUUAAUUAUUUCAUAGGCAUUGACACUUGUGUUUUUUCCUUCUAACUGAUUCUGUAAUUUAAUAAUUGGUGUAUUUUGUAAAUAUUAACAUCUAUUGUUACCUGCUCGGCAAGGCUUUUGGUAACUUCUUUGUUUAGUUUUAACUCAUCAACCUCAAGAUGAUGUUAAUCUGUGUCAGUCAAGUGACAGCUUCAAAACUGAUGAACUCUUGACGGCUGAAGUAUGGUGUACACAAUUGCUGUGACUUGAUAUGUAUUUUGUUGAAUGAAGUUUUUUUGUAAAAAAAUUAUUUACAAUGUUAUUUGAAUGAUUUCUUAUAAAUGAUGUGAAACUAUAUUUGUUGUUUUGUAUCUAUACAUUAAAAUUAAUUUGCCAAA